UGUAAGCAGGGAUGAGGAUGCUGCCGUAGAAAUGGUGGUACGUGGGGCGAACAUCCUGAAAUGGUUUUGACUGUUGAGGCGAAACAAUGCGCCUCUUCAAAGUCUUCGAGGUUUUCAUGUCAUCACGGCUGACGAUAAUUAGAUAAAUGGCUCAUUUAAAUUGGGAGCUGCUCGCGUUCUGUCGGGCUGGCAAAUGCAGUGCCUAGUGCCAGCCCUCCAGGACCACGCCAACAUGAAUGGGGCUGGGGAGACGGCGGACAUACUGCCGCCUAACUGCAUGGUCAAGGACCGAUGGAAAGUGCUGAAGAAAAUCGGAGGAGGAGGUUUUGGGGAGAUCUACGAAGCUCUGGACCUAUUGACGCGGGAGAACGUGGCAUUGAAGGUGGAGUCGGCCCAGCAGCCCAAACAGGUCCUGAAGAUGGAGGUGGCAGUCCUGAAGAAACUGCAGGGUAAAAACCAUGUGUGCAAAUUUAUUGGCUGUGGGAGAAAUGACAAAUUCAACUACGUGGUCAUGCAACUUCAGCAGGGACGCAAUUUGGCGGACCUGAGGAGGAGCCAGCCUCGGGGGACUUUCACCAUGAGUACCACGCUCCGCCUGGGGAAACAGAUCCUGGAGUCUAUAGAGGCCAUCCACUCUGUUGGCUUCCUGCAUCGAGAUAUCAAACCGUCAAACUUCGCCAUGGGAAGGCUGCCUUCGACCUUGAGGAAGUGUUACAUGUUGGACUUCGGCCUCGCGCGGCAGUACACCAAUACCACUGGAGAAGUCCGCCCUCCGAGAACUGUCGCAGGUUUUCGAGGAACUGUUCGAUAUGCCUCAGUCAACGCACAUAAAAACAAAGAAAUGGGACGCCAUGAUGACCUAUGGUCUUUAUUUUACAUGUUGGUGGAAUUUGCAGUUGGACAGCUACCAUGGCGGAAAAUCAAGGACAAGGAGCAAGUUGGGCAGAUAAAAGAGCGAUAUGACCAUAGGAUGCUGCUGAAACACAUGCCUUCAGAGUUUCAUAUCUUCCUCGACCAUGUAUUGGGCCUUGACUACUACACCAAGCCGGAUUAUCAGCUGUUGAUGUCGGUGUUUGAGAACAGCAUGAAGGAGCGCAUCAUCAUGGAAAAUGAACCGUUUGAUUGGGAGAAAGGAGGGACAGACUCCACACAGUCAACAACCGCCUCGACCCAACCACAACACAACACACGGCCCACCGUCGCCAUUGUGGGAGCCCUCAACACCCCGGUGCCCGUAGACCUCCAGAGGGAGAACACAGAGAACGUGCUCCAGGACGAGCACCUCAGCGACCAAGAGAAUGCCCCUCCGGCCCUGCCCCCCGGUGGGAGCCGCCAGGGGGGCGGUGGCCAGACAACCGCUAAGGGCGAGGGAUGGGAGGACACCGACUUCAACCGCAACAAACUCAGGAUCAGCCUGGGCAAGGGGGCACAGGAGGGGGAUGAACCCAGCAGAGGGGCCUGUCCCAUGUCUCCGUGCCGGGCAGGAGGGGCCCCCGAGUCCCCCAGUGGCCAGGUGCGCUCGCUCCGGUACCGCCGCAUCAACAGCCCCGAGUCCGACCGCAUGUCGGCCGCUGAUGGGAGGGGCGUUGACGGAUACGGCCAAAGUAUCAGGUCCCGCAUGGAUAUCCUGGGAUCGCCCUCGCGCCACGUGUACUCGUCCCAGCCGGCCAUGAUGCUGUCUGUGGACUGCGGCCUGCAGCGCGGGAGGCACGGCGAGGGCUCAGUGGCGUCCGUGGACCAGGAAGCCCACAGUAAUGCCUUUAUCAGAUCGGUGCCACUGGCAGAGGAAGAAGACUUUGAUAGCAAGGAGUGGGUGAUCAUCGACAAGGAGACAGAGCUGAGGGACUUCCAGCCCACCACGUCGGGCACCACCGAUGAGGAGCCUGAGGAGCUGAGGCCCCUGGAGGAGGGAGAGGAGAGGAGGAGGCUGCGGGGAGGAGGGGCGGAGAUGGUGGUGCGACCCAAGACGACCCUCACGACCAACAGCAGCCGGGGCAUGCUCACGCUCACUGAGGAGGAAGCCUCCAGACGAAGUGGGGGAAGCCCCGCCAUGUCGCCCUGUCAUUCACUCCCGUCAGGCCGUCCUAUUGGACCGCAAAGACCGGUGAUCAUGUCUCCAACUGAGCACAAUGGCCUAUCUCAGCCUUGUCCAGACUUCAGGACCAAGGGCCAGCUAGACGAGAAGGAGCAUUUCCACAUCCUUCCCCAGCUCCAGGUCAAGCGGGCCGACUUCCUCACCGUCAUGCUGACCGGCUCCCUUCCUCAGCGGCGAACCUUCACAGCAGCUCUGCCGGCAGAGAACGAGGUCCAGGAGCCCCAGGGCCCGCGAGACGAUGACGUGACCAAGAGUGAGUCGAACAGCGAGACCAGCCAAAAAAGCACAGAGCGGAGCCAGGAUGGGGCCCCUAAUACCCUCAUGGCUGAGGAUGGUCCCAGGGGACCCCGGGAACCCGCCACAGAUGCUGACCCUGACUUGGAAGACGGCUCCAAGACCCUGGUUCUGUUCUCGCCGGGGGAUACCCGGAAGUCUCCAUCCACUGGGGGAGAACACGUCCUGCUGGAGGUUGACUUCGGGACACCGUCUUCCUCUACCCCUAGGAACGAUAUGCCUCUGGUAGGUGCGGGCAGCCAGCCAGAGCUCUCCUUCACACUGAGGUCAGACUUGAAGCCAUCCACCCCAAUCGCCCCCGCGUCUCCCCCCUUCACCAAAGUCGAGCGCACCUUUGUCCACAUUGCCGAGACUUCCCACUCUAACGUCAUGUCUUCCAGAUGUCAGAACGCAAAGGAGUGCAGCGACCCCUGCAACCUCUCGGCCGUUACCCAGGAGACCUCACCAUGGGAAAGAGACUCCCAUGAUCAGACUGUACAUGUUGAACAGGGUGAGGAAUCCCAGCGUCUUUCCAGAGUGCCCCAAGCCCAUUCUAUCCAAGACGUGACCCUGGAGAAGGGUGUCACUCGCACCAAACCAGACGACCGCCCACCGCUGGUUUUUGUUAAGUCCUUGGAGCCUGUCCCAGAAGCCAUGUCGCCCAUUCUGGAACACAAAACUCUCUCUGCAGAUCCCAACAAGGGGGCAUUGUCUACCGAAGGUGUUGCCGAGUCCAACGCUGGAUUACCGUUUACUGCACUCGGGCAGAGGAUCAAAAGCCGCAUCCCGGUUCUACUGUCUGAAGAGGACACAGGCUCAGAGCGUUCAGCCUCACUCUCUGCCCGAGCGCGACUACGGAGGAGAGCCCGGCAACUGGACCUGGCACGCCUGGUGGUGCAGAAGCAGCAGGGCCGCUGGAUGAGGCUACCCUCGGGGACAUCCUCCUCGUUGUCCUCUGGCGAUGGGAGGGCCUCCGAGACGCUCUCCACCACCGGCUCGGAGGAAGACACCCACGCCUCUGAUGAGUCCCUGGCCAGGAGGAGCUCAUGUCUGAAGGCCAGGGCAGGGGCUGGGGGGGACCAGAGCCAUACGGAGUGGCGCAGCAGAAUCCCCAGGCCCGUCACCCCCAUCAAGAGGCCCUCAGGGCGGCUGGUGGCCGCCGUGGCCUCCCCUCUCGCGUUGCCAGGAUCAGGCAUUUGUAGAGAUGCAUCCACCUUUGGUAAUGGACUCCAAGUUCAGAAAAUAGGACUGAGCACUCUCCCGACCCAGAGGCGGUCUAAACCUCUGCAGACUGGCUCCUCCUCUUCCUCCUCCUGUCCGAGGCCAUGUCCUGUCCCCGCCCAGCCCUGCGGCAGCCCCCGCAUGCCCCUGCGCUGCGUUUUCAUGACCCGACGCAGCCUAAGCACCUCCCACUGCAGGACAGACAGCCCCUCCCCCCAACAUGUCCGUCCAACUAGACAGCCCCUCUCUGUCCGGCCCACAACUGCCCCUCCACUCCGGCCCAGGGCUAAUACUACUACCACCACCAUGAAACAGGCCAACUCACAGGUCCGCUUUACCCAGGAGUUCACCGCUAUGCCUGCCAGAAAUCGAGCCAAAUCCACAGGUCCUGCCAAAGCGAAACAAAGCAGAGAGGACAAGAUGGCUACCUCGUGAUAGUAAACAGAUUCACUGGGAUGAAACGCACACGCUUCUCUGUUGUCCUCAGAGAGACUCAAUGCCUCAAAAAGCUCCAGGCUGACCCCAAAGUAAGACUGACGCGGUUUCCCAUCUUUUUUAAUCUUUCAAUUACAUUCUUUGAUUAAAAUCAUGUACCUCUACUAACUAGACCAUAAAAACAACAUUUGUUCCGUAUUAGCACGGAACGAUCUUCAUGAGCUUCCAGUCAAAGAACUUUUAGUCAAUGUCACUGAGGAGCGAUGCUACCAUGCUAUGUGUAUGCUGUUCACUGGUGCAUUGUAUACAUUUUCCUUUUGUUUAUGAGGUUGAACAUUUCUUUAGGUUUAUGGAUUUUGCAUCCUAUAUGCAAGAAAUGUAUUUGAACAAAGUCGGUCAUCAUGACCCCUUUGCAAGUCAAGUUGCAAUCUUUCUCAACACACAAACGUCUCACACUGAUAUACUAAGUUAUCAUCAACAAUAUCGAGUUCACUUUACAUUGCAUGGUAUAUAGAUAGAUAUCACAAACACUUUUGAUAAGUUGAAUAAUGUUAAGGAAAUGUACGAAAGUCUCAAUCUUCCAAUGGUCUGACGCGAUAACCAAUUCUGAUAGAAUGCAAAGGCCAAAAUCAUUCCCAAAUCUGGUCAGAUGUGUUAAAAGAGGAAGGUUGGAUUAUGGGGUAAAUUACUGCCGAUAUUAAGCGAAUGCAGAAGUAAUAUUGCUGGCCUCCUUGUUAGCGUGUGACAAUGGGCAUGCGUUAUAUCAUUCUAUUUUUGGGGUAUUUGAUUAUAUUUACAUUCCGAAGACGUGUAUAUAAUAUGAUCAUUUCUUGAAAAAGACAUCUUUAUUUUUUAUCUUGUGAAAACAACCUGUAUAUUUUGCCUUUCCUCUGCUGUUGAACAACGUUGGCAAAUAUGCCUGUUUUUUUACGCAUGAGGAAAAAUAAGGUUAACUUUGAACAAUAGAUACCUGCCUUUUAAUGUUCUGACAAUGAAAUGAAUGGUGGAUCAUUGGAACCCAUGUUUUGUGUUUGUAUUGGGUAAAUGAAACCUACAAUUGCAGGGCACUGAGCUAAAGUAAAAUCAUGGUCAUGUGGAUUGACUAUCUCCUGUUUCCUUUCUACACUGUUUGUCAGAUACAACCAUCGCCCCUAGAAAGGACUGCUUCUUGUUUUCCUCUUCUUCUAAUCAGAGACUGAUUCACCAGGUGAACACCAGGUGAGGGAAAUAAAGUACCAGGUUGAAACAAAAAGUAGAAGUGGCACUGUACUGGAACUGAACCGUCCUGGGCAACUGAAUAGGUCUGAAAGUUUUACUUAUCAGGGUGAAUUGACUCUGACACAUUUUUUAAGUGUUUUCACAAAUUUAGGUCAUUUUAAUUUCAAUAGGUAAAUUUACAGUACAGACGUGUACAAAAAAUGUUUCGCACAGACACACACACACACACACACACACACACACACACACAUUUCUCCUCACAAUGGUAAGUCCAGUCUCUCCCUAGUUUAGGGUCAGGCAGCUUUUCUAAAUGUUUGUCUACAAUCGUUAAGGCCAGGGGUGAAAAUGUUAAUUUUUUUCCAUAUCAGAAUAUUCCUGAGCAAGUACAUAACCCACAUUUGAAUACUAUUAAUGCUAUUACAUUCAUCUUUGAUCUAUCCCAACAGGAAGCAAUAGAUUACAUAAAUAAUGCAAGUUAUGCGCAUAGGACUAUGUUUCAUUGCAGUGCAUUGCAGUGUAGUACUGUGUUGAGACUAAUGGUCUCUUGGAGUUGCCCUUUAAAUUAUGUUAUACAUGCACUGAAAGCUGAGCCUAUGAGUCCUGAGAGAUAUACAGUAGAAGGGAGGCCUCCAUUUCCCUUUCUCCACGCCCCCUCUUGUUCAAUGCAAGCAUGUGAGAUGGCAUAUGGUCUCUCCCUCCCUACCACGAGGCUGUGAGAUGUCUCCCUGAGGUUGACGUAUUGUAAAAAGUUCAAUAAAAAAAGUAUUAAAUCCAAAAUGAAUAUGAGGUAAGGCGUGGUGGAAUAGUGAGUAUGUUUACAUCCACAGUAUGACAUUAGGCCGAGUAAGAUGUUUACAUGUCUAUCUUAACCAGCAUUAGGACAUGUAAACACCUUAAUCGGCGUUCCAGCGGUAUAUUUGAUCUGCACAUGUGCUAGCACCAGCAGUGCGAGCCUCCCUCUUUAGUGUGAGUUCGGAAAAACUGAAAGUAUGCAUCUUAGAAAUAUUUUUCACAUACAAAUGGUAUGUGAACUCAGAAUCAAACGGGUUUCCCAAAAAUAACAUGGUCACGGUGGUUAUUUUGAUUGGCGAUUUUUCGACAGUCAUCAAAGUCCCAUCAAGUAGCCUGAUUUAAGAUGGUUCCAUGUAAACAGGAUUAUUAGCGAAAUCCUUGAUCUUGCAAAGCAUGUAAACGUAUUAAUCAAACUACUAGUGUAUGUAGUGAGUGUAUGUAAACGUACCAAGUGAGAGCAGAGAGAGAGGUCAUGUGAUGACUUACGUCAAUGAAAAUCUAAAUACUGGAAUACAGGAUUUGAAUGAAUGAACUUGGGAAAUAUUGUUGGCUUGGGUUAGCUAAUAAGCCAAAGAUACUGGAGAGUUGGCAGUGUUGUAUCAUGUUGACCAGAGGGUAUCCUACAAAGCAAGCUAGAUCUACUCAGGGUUUUCUAAAGCUUUACAUUCAGUUAGCUUCACAUUCCAACCCAGGCUUCAUCCAUACUACAACUGUGGAUAUUGCUCGUUCGCCUGCUGCUAUUUCUAGCAGACUUGUAACUGCGCGUGCAUGUAGCACAUGGCUAGUCAAGCGCCGAACUCUAAACUGAGACAAUGCUGAAACAUCAAUCCAUCGGCGAGUCAGUGAAACGUUUUCAUUUGUGCCGAAAUCAAAAUGAAAGAAAAGUUUUUUUGUCAAGCAAAUAAUGCGUUGACCAGUUAUCCCGAGAUGAACUCAGCGUUGACCAAAGUUACUUCGCUAACUCCUCAAAUCACCCACGCUUGCUAAAUAAAUACUGUAGGAAGGUGGCUUUGUGUGUUGUGCCCGGCCCACGAUUUCCGUGAAUCAGAUUUGUCAAGACAUGCAAAGACCCCGCAGCAGCACUCCCAUGUGAAGGACAGAUCAUCUUUGCCUGAGUUGGCAAAUCGGUUAAAAAACAGCAUUUUGCCCCUCUUUUUAAUGCUUUGCGUCAAUAUAUUUUAUUUAACGAAAUAAAAAGUGGUGUGGCAAAUGUCGCCUCGCACAUUUCCCUGCAGCCCUGACUGAGCUUGGAGACAACAAAGAAUGAUAAAGAUCAAGGAGAGUGAAUAGUGAGAUCAUAACAAGAUUUUACGUUAAAGUUCAAGUUCAAGCUUGAAAAAGAAGCAGUCUAUAUGAGUUUCAGUCUUACUGUAUGAUGGCUUCCUCCAUAACACUUUCUAGAAAUGCUUGUGGUUAUAGACAAAUCUGAAAAAACAUAGUUGCUGGUUUAAUGAAGUACAUGAAAAGAACAGAAAGGCCUGCACACUGAAUAUGCACCUAAAUACCACCUUAAAAGACAAUGUUUUGAUCCAGGUGAUCUUCAUCAGGUCAAACAAAAUGCAAGUGUACAUAUACAUUAUCAUAUAUUAUAAACUGGUUGGUUUGAGCCCUGAAUGCUGGUUGGCUGGCAGCCAUGUUAUAUCAG